CUUUAUCCCCCCAUUGCCGUCGCGUCGUCCCUCUCCCAUCCCAUCCCUUUUCCCCCCAUUCCUCCUUCCCUUUCUCCGAGAUCCAAUCUAGGGCAAGGGCCGGUUCAUCCUUCGCCAGAUCCUCCUCCACCCUCUGGUUUCUCAAAGAACAAGAUGGGUCUGUCAUUCACGAAGCUCUUCAGCCGGCUUUUUGCCAAGAAAGAGAUGAGGAUUCUUAUGGUGGGUCUCGACGCAGCUGGUAAGACCACCAUCUUGUACAAGCUCAAGCUGGGAGAGAUCGUCACAACCAUUCCUACAAUCGGAUUUAAUGUUGAGACUGUGGAAUACAAGAACAUUAGCUUCACCGUCUGGGAUGUUGGGGGUCAGGACAAGAUCCGACCCUUGUGGAGACACUACUUCCAGAACACCCAGGGACUGAUCUUUGUGGUUGAUAGCAAUGAUCGUGACCGUGUUGUGGAGGCCAGGGACGAACUCCACCGCAUGUUGAACGAGGAUGAGUUGAGGGAUGCUGUUCUCCUUGUUUUUGCAAACAAGCAGGAUCUUCCUAAUGCCAUGAAUGCUGCUGAGAUCACUGAUAAGCUCGGUCUUCAUUCCCUUCGUCAGCGCCACUGGUAUAUCCAGAGCACCUGUGCUACAUCCGGUGAAGGGCUUUACGAAGGACUGGAUUGGCUGUCCAAUAACAUUGCAAACAAGGCAUAGACGAGUAACUGACGUUUCAUAUUUGUGCGGCUUCCCUACUACCGCUAGGCGAUGGAUCGAUAUGUUAUAUUUUGGUCUUUUUUUUUUUAAUGAUUCCCUGAUCCUGUAAUUGUCGAGAGAGAAGGUGAUGAUAUGUCUUGUGUAGAUUCAAAUAAUUCCCGUAUGAUUCGUAUAAUCCUGUAAUGAGAUUGCUAUGUUACCAUUUUUUGGCUUUGGAAAAGAUUCUUCAGGUGAUUUUACUUGUUACGUAGGUAGCUAAGCUUGGCUCGUUUCACCCACUUCCCAAUUCCCGUUAUUGCUUAUCUAAAUAAGGGGAGAGAGCAACAAAGCAAAACAACCCUGGAAUAAUUGGUGAGCAAGAGCAACUAGCGGUGUUCAAUUGACGUUGUUGUUGCU